GCCUCUAUAAUUAAGUUAAUUAAGCCUAAUAUAAGAUAUAUAACUGGGUUUAUAACUAUAAGCUAUAUCUAUUUUACGGUUCCGAUUCGCUAUACUAUUAAAGGUACUUAUAAAGAAGCCAGGCCCGGUAGGCUAAAACCUAAUAUACUUUUAUAUAGCGAGCCUUAUCUAGAUAAUAAAGAGAUUCUAGAAACUACUAAAUAUAAUUUGAGAAUAUAUCCGGAGUUAGUAUUAAUUAUUAGUAUAAAGCUACGGAUUUCUAGCGCUUAA